UCUCCUUGUUGUGGAAGGAACUGGAUGAUGUAACUGGCUCUCCAGGAAGCCCCGUUUGGCCAUAACCUCAGGACGGUCUCUUAGACCCCAUCUCAUUUCAGAGCCACUUCUGAAGCCACUUGAGAAAAAUGAUGUGACAGUUCUCAUCAAAAAGGAUUUUUCAGAAACCUAUAACAUCUGUGAAGAAAGUGGCCCCUUUUCCCUCUUGUGAAAUAGACGUUCUCAAAUUCCAAGAUGCCAGCCAAGACCCCAAUUUACCUGAAAGCGGCCAAUAACAAGAAAGGAAAGAAAUUUAAACUGAGGGACAUUUUGUCUCCCGACAUGAUUAGUCCUCCCCUUGGAGACUUCCGCCACACCAUUCACAUCGGCAAAGAGGGCCAGCACGACGUUUUUGGAGAUAUUUCUUUCCUUCAAGGGAACUAUGAGCUUCUGCCUGGGAACCAGGAGAAAGCGUGCAUGGGCCAGUUCCCUGGGCACAACGAGUUCUUCCGGGCCAACAGCACUUCGGACUCCAUGUUCACAGAAACGCCCUCCCCAGUGCUCAAAAAUGCCAUCUCCCUCCCCACCAUCGGAGGGUCCCAAGCUCUCAUGUUGCCCUUAUUGUCACCGGUGACAUUUAAUUCCAAACAGGAGUCCUUUGGGCCAGCAAAGCUGCCCAGGCUUAGCUGUGAGCCUGUCAUGGAGGAAAAAGCUCAGGAGAAACGCAGUCUGUCGGAGAGCGGGACGGUCCACCAGGGAGACACCUCGUGGGGCUCCAGCGGUUCCGCAUCUCAGUCCAGCCAGGGCAGGGACAGCCACUCCUCCAGCCUGUCCGAACAGUACCCCGACUGGCCUGCCGAGGACAUGUUUGACCACUCUGCCUCGUGCGAGCUCAUCAAGGGAAAGACUAAGUCGGAGGAGUCCCUCUCUGAUCUCACAGGUUCCCUCCUCUCCCUGCAGCUCGACCUUGGGCCCUCACUUUUGGAUGAGGUGCUGAAUGUCAUGGAUAAAAAUAAGUAACAGGAUGCCAGCUCUUUUCCUUUGGGGUAAAAGGUACCAAACAACAACAACAAGAAAACUAAACUACCAACAGUCGCACAGUUGAAAGAAGGGCUUCCUGGGCUGUAUUUGCAGUUGUGUGAUGGGUUUUCUAAAAUAAUGUUCCUACAAAAUAUUUUUUUUUUACCUGUUUGCAAAAACAAUUCAGAAAAAACAAAAAAGCAAAAAAAAAAAAAAACCACAAAACCUGUCCUGGCAAAAAGAGGAAGUGAGUGAGUCAGAGCCCAUUUUUGGUAGAUCAGCUCACUUUUGUUGUUUGCAGACUCGUAAGAAAUCUGGCUUGGCCACGAUUGACACUAGCUAUGAAGGGCUGGACGAGUCACGUUAAGGAACUUUACAGAACUUUACGGCACUCCAACAUUUUCUGAGCAAGAGGAAGUCAAAAUUUAUUUAAC